GUGAAAAUUUUUAACCGAGCGGUGGAACCAAGUGCAGCUUCGAUGAGCCUAUACAAAGAAGCAGUUAUUCAAAGUUCGAGCCACGGAGACACGGAAUUCGAUCUUUGCGAAAUGACAUUUGAACGGUACAAAGAAACUAAAAGCGAUGAGAUCAAGUUUGACGUGAUUCAUUUCAUCCACUCUACUAGCUAUGUGGAUGUCAAGAAAACCCUUGGACUUUGCUUCGAGGAAGAAUUGAAGCCAAACGGAAUAAUUACUUGCUUCGUGGUUGGCAAAGAUUUGCUGUAUGACUGCUGCAAGAUGCAGGGCCACGUGUGGCAUGGAGGGCACUCAACUAAUGAAUGCUGGUUAACUGCUGAUGAUAUUGUAGCAAUUGCUGACAAAUGUGGCUGGAAGUACGAACUCUUUAACCAAGAAUACAACGUCGAUGUGACGGACGUUUUUGACGAGAAUUCAAUCGAAGGGAAUCUUUUGCUAGAUUUUCUUACUUAUGUCCAAGAGUUCCGUAAGACGGCAGAUAAAAAGAAAACAAAAGAAACGCUAGAAUUGAUUCGAGAAUCCUCUAUGGUCAAAGAUGGAAAGCGUUUUGGAACAAGAAAAGAUCAGUUAUUGUUUCUUUACAAAUAGACUGGCAUAUAGUCUCCCUCGCAUCCAUUUUUAGUGUCGGUCGUGGGGAGGGAGCAUCGCGUGACGACCGACUCUAAAAACGAAUGCGAUGGAGACUAACUGGCAUAGUGAUCGAACGCAGAUGGACUCUUUAUAUUCGCAUAUUAUGCAAUACGUAGAUUUUAUAUAACAGAAUUUUCAUGUUACGCAAACAAUAUAAUUCCUUAUGUAUAUUGAUCAACUAACUACUCGCUUAAAUUCGUGUGACCCUUGAAGGUCAAGAUAAGUAGUAAUGUAAAUCAACGUAACGCAUAACGCAACGCUUUUUGUUGAUCGUCCCGAUUGUAUCGUAAACGGCCGAUUAUCUUGUAUAUUCAGCCGAAGGGUUAUUUAGAUAUAACAUUUGAUAUUUUUGAAAUCACUAUGUAAUCAAAACCAGUAUAGCUAUAGUUAAAUAUUUUGUAGAUUUAUAAUGCCCAUUAUGGCUUGUGGUCAUACCAACUGUUAGUUUCGCCAUUCUUGCACAGUAAUAAUAAAUCACUCUAAAGGAAUUAACUUUUA